AUGGGUGCUGUACCAGGCACAGAGGAUGCAAAGAAAGAGGAGCACCGUGUGUCGGGGGGGGGGGGGGGGGGCGGGUUCAUAAGGCCCACUUUCUCUGCUCCACAAGGUGCCUCGCCUGGUGGGCUGCUUGACCAGGCCUGUCAGAAAACGGACCACUUCCUGUCCUGCUACCCCUGGUUUCACGGCCCCAUCUCCCGAGUGAAGGCCGCUCGGCUGGUGCAGUUACAGGGUCCGGCGGGCCACGGGGUGUUCCUGGUGCGGCAGAGCGAGACGCGGCGGGGGGAGUACGUCCUCACGUUCAACUUCCAGGGCAGAGCCAAGCACCUACGCCUGUCGCUGACCGAACAAGGGCACUGCCGGGUGCAGCACCUGCACUUCCCCUCCAUCGUGGACAUGCUACACCACUUCCAGCGCUCCCCCAUCCCCCUGGAGUGCGGGGCCGCCUGCGACGUCAAGCUCUCCAGCUACGUGGUGGUCGUGUCUCCCACGCCAGGUUCGAGCAACACCGUUCUGUUGCCUUUCUCUGUGCACCGCUGGAGCUCUGAACUGGGCCUUCCUCCCCUCAGUUCCUCCGGCUGUGCCCACAUGCUUAUCCCCGAGGACCUCCCGCCAUCCAGGGCCUCCCCCUCCGAGCAGAUCUUCCACCUGCUGCCUCCCCCCGAGGAACUGGCCAACAGCCUCCGGCACAUGGAACAGGCGGCAGAGCCUCCGAGCCCAGCCCGAGGGGACUCCGAUUACGAGAUGGAUUCCCCCAACAGGGGUCACAUCCGGGCCAUAGACAAUCAGUACACGCCUCUCUGAAGAAGGGCCUCCUCCUCCUCCUCCUCCUCCUCCGCUUGGCAGCCUCCCCUUGCCCUCCCCCACCUCGAGGGAGCAUCAUGCACUUUGACCUGUAGAGUUGGGGACUUCUGAAUGUACCUCUAUCUUUCUUCUCGCUAGACAGACCGUACCAAGGGUGAUGGUGAUUGUUCAUUCCAGUUUGGAUGCGACCCUAUUAGGCCUGUUAAAGGGCCUGCUGUGUAAUCCUCUUACUCUUGUUUUUUAUCCUACGACUUUCUCAUUCCUGUUUACAGAAAUAGUUGCUGUGGACUUGCCCUACCCACCGUGCUUGGAGUCCAGGGAGGGGUCACUCAGUGCAGCGCCCCGCACGCCGUCCCAUACCCCCCCCCCCCCCCGGGCCAGCUGCACAAAAGUGCCCCCAGGAAUGACUUAGGACCAGGAGGGAUCCCAGUGAGCUGAGAGACGAGGACCAGAGGCCGGGGCAGAAAACAGACAAACGGGCAAAGACAACUGUACCAGUUUCUCAUAAGUGGGUCAGGAAACCCUAAACACUAACGCCCCAGAAUACAAAUUGAAUUUGUUCUUCUAUUUCAAUAGAAACCCCAUGUCACCAGCUAAGGAAGAGGAAAAGGCGGGACAGCCAUGUCUCCUGCCAUCGCUCACCAGCGCUUUGGCUAGCCCUGCUUCCACUCGCGCUCUCAGAACGAAGGGCAAGUUUGAGGCUUGCGUGGAAAGUUAACGUGAAAACAACAACAACAACUAAAACAUUUUUACCUCAGAUUAGUUCUUAAAGGAGGUUUCUAACCUAAACGGUUGCUUGCUUUUUAUUGCACUGUUUAGACUAAUAAAAAUGCUAUUUUUGUAGUUAAAAGAGAUAUGCAAAUGUUACUUCACUAGUUCAUGGUUCGAAGUCCAUCUGGGCACGUUUUUGUCCACUACGGAAUUCUCAGGAAAAAAAAUCACUUUUCUAUUCUAAAGAAUGACAAUGGGCUGCCAUCAGAAACAAACUGAGAAAAGUGAAGUGUGUCACGUCUCGAGGGAAACGAAAAGUCAUAACUGCCUUGGGGGGCCAGCGGUGAAGGCGUUCUAUCCCUGUGCCUUAUUUAUAAAGAACGGGCUCCUAUUAACUUCUCAGUGGGCAUUAGGGGGGAUGGGGGGGAAUCAUAGCUCCUAGACUUUUUUACUAAAGGUCAGGGGGUACCCACUAUACUUCAAGCUCUUGUAGUUUUUCCCACAAUCCCAUGAAUGAGUUAUUUUUAUUGUAGGACCUAAAAUGGAAGCUAGGAUUUCAGGGCCAUGGCCAGUAAGACUGUGUAAAGUACUCGGUGCAUAAUAAACUUCCUGUUUUAUUUGCAA